AUCAGAACCACCAACAACUAUGAUCACAUCAGCCCCACCAACAACCAUGAUCACGUCAGCCCCACCAACAACUAUGAACACAUCAGCCCCAUCAACAACCAUGAUCACAUCAGAACCACCAACAACGAUGGAUACAUCAGCCCCACCAACAACUAUGGAUACAUCAGAAGUACCAACAACUAUGAUCACAUCAGCCCCACCAACAACUAUGAUCACAUCAGCCCCACCGACAACUAUGGAUACAUCAGAAGCACCAACAACUAUGAUCACAUCAGCCCCACCAACAACUAUGAUCACAUCAGCCCCACCGACAACUAUGAUCACAUC